AUGCUGUGGCGUAAAAAGAACACCCAGCGUGAAUCCCCGGGUGUGGGGAUCUCCGGUCAAGAGGGCUCUCCGAGGAGCGGCGGCACAGGCACCGCGGAGUCAGGAAAAACGGAGCACCAGGACGGUGAGAGCCCAAAUCCGAACGAUGCAUCGAAAAUUGACCUUCCAGAAGGGCAACCGGGAAGCACGGUGGGCGCAUCCGUUGCUUUCGCGUUCGCGUCACGGGCGGCGGCAGCAAGCGCUGUCACCGUUGUUGUGGGGGAAUUAGGCUCUUGGUGGCCGGAUGAAUGGGAGAGUGACUGCCAGCAACGUAUCCACUGUCAGGCGAAGAUAGGAACAAGUCCACUGGAUGAAAUAUGUGCCGUUGCUUGGGGAGUUUGCAACCAUGCCUACCACCUGCACUGCAUUAAACGCUGGCUGGAAAGCAGUGCUCAUCCAAGGUGCCCAUUGGACAACAGCGAAUGGGAAUUCAGCAUGUGA